AUGCGAGAUCAAAGGCUCAAGUACGGCACUGUGGAAGCGUGUCACCUUUGCCGCUCGCAAUUGACGUUGUACAUUGAAGUAUUAGUGAAGCAAAGUGCUUGGCUUGGAUCAAGUUUCAGCGCUAUUGUAUUGGCGUUCAAUCGACUUGUGGAGAUGGUUCCAUCUAUGUCUGCAAUACGCUUUCUAUUUAGAGGCAAGUUAAUCUAUAUGUGGAUGAUAACGAGUGUUGUACUAAUGAUUGUACGACCAUUCAUUACCAGGCCAACAAUAUACAACAGUGCAGUGGGUGCAUUCACAGCAACUCCUUUCAUUUCCGAUGACAUCCAAUGGGAAGUCGAAAAUUACAUUUCUGUAUUGCUGCCUAUUCACAACGUAUCAGUAGUUGUGAUAUUGGUGAUGUUGUAUUCAAUUAUAUGCUGUCACGUCAUGAGAGUAAGCCGCCUUGCUCACACAAAUAUCGACAAAGUACAAAUACAGGAGUUCCUGCUAUUGUUCUAA